GUUUGCGCGCGCGCCGGGCACGCGCCCCACCGCCUCGCCAAGUGGCCCGCCGCCGCCCGCCGCCCGCCGGCGCUCGCGCUACUUAGCGUCGGGGGUGCACGCCACCUCCGCCAAUCCACCGGCGACCUCCGCGCGGCUCGCACUUGUGUGCUCUCGAUACAAUCCCGACAAGUUUACGUCCGCGAUGCCGAUGACGGCCAUUCACGGUUAUCAAAAUCUCGGUGUAGAUCAGAAGCUGGUACACCUACAAUCUCCUGCACCUCGAAGGCUAGCACCUGCACCUGUCGAUACAUCUCGAUGCAAAAAAAAAUCAUAUCUUCAUCAACCAUAUCCAGCACAACCAGCUUCAGUAGCAAGAAGAAAUGCCAGGGAGCGGAAUAGAGUAAAGCAAGUAAACAACGGAUUUGCAGCACUCCGUCAACACAUACCAUCGGCAGUUACAGCAGCACUGGCUGGAGGUAGGGGAUCAUCUAGAAAGUUGAGCAAAGUGGAUACAUUAAGACUGGCUGUGGAAUAUAUUAAAAGCUUAAAACGUUUAUUAGAGGAAAAUGAAGAAGGAUGCUCAGACACUCAAAUAGGAUUAGGUUUAGCAACAAAUGGACCACAAACACCUCCAUCUUCAGAAGAGUCACAUUCACCAGCACCGUCUUUAGUGUCAGAAAGUUCAGCAGGCCCAAGUUAUCAUGAUGCGUAUGAUUCCUAUGAACCUAUGAGUCCGGAAGAUGAAGAACUCCUCGAUGUUAUAUCAUGGUGGCAGCAACAGUGAAUAAAGGAACCGUGCAUUACGGUGAUCAAAGUGCGGCCAUUGGGCGGCUUGUGAAAAAAGCAAGUAUUCCUCCAGAGGAGUUCGAGCGAUGGAGCGCGAGGGACUCUGAGAGAACCUCUAAUUAAGCGUAAUCAGUAUAUUCCUAAUGAGAGGGGAUAAUGGUGGACUAUAACGACCUCAUCGAUGCAUUCCGCCGACAGAACAUCGAACGAAUACCCUUAACUGCAUUUCAUACAUCGAUGGGAUAGUACGACAAAGACUGAAUCUUUUAUUUGUUCCAUUUAUGCAUUUAGUAUUAUGAUAAGUGAUUCACAUCGCUGUGCCUUAUUGUAAGCCUCACCUACGUAAAUACGAUAGCUUCCAGUUAAAGCAUUAAGUAUUAAAUAUAGUUUAUAAUUGUUAUCUAGUCAUUAAUAAUAAGUUUACAUAAUUUUAAUAGGUCAGUAAAAUAAGAUUGUGACUUAGUGUAAGUUGUUACCUUACGGUAAGACAUCUUAUGAAAGUUCAUAAUUGUUAUAAAAUAUAGUUUGGAAAUCUUCAGACAAAGACUUUUAGUGUACAUAGAUAUAUUAGCACCCUAAGGCAGAUUCCUAAUAUUUUAAGAUUUUUUUUUAUUGAAAGAACAGUUUAUGAUGAAAACAAAAGAAACUAUCCAGUUUCAGACAUUCGAUUGUUUCAUGAAAUAAAUAAAAUAUUUUGAAGUAUAAA